GGAGUUUAUAUAUGUGGAUGAAUAAUGAGAUGAGAAUCAACUCUCACCUUUUCAACAUAUAUAAGCUGUUUAGAUGUUCUAAAAAAUAAAGAAUGAAGAGAUCAUCAGAUGAUCAUCAACUAGCAUUUGAUUCAGAAAUGGAGCCACACAAAAGAAGUUCUGAUCAUCAUCAUCAUCAACCCAAGCCUCACUCAGAUCAUCGUCACCACGCCCCUGAGGAUAAUAAUGGAGCUUACUGCAAACGUGGUCUGUUACUGCUGGUGAUUCCAGUUGCUUUAUUCCUGAACAUUACUGUUCUGGAUUUGGUCUUCAGGCAAUAUAAUGUGUGGUCGUUCUUCAAUGGCUUCUCGCCGGUGAUUCCCGGCAUCCCACCUAAAGCUGCAGAAGAUAAGCUACUAGGCGGUCUUCUCCUUCCUGGAUUUGAUGAAAAAUCGUGUCUGAGUAGGUAUGAAUCAGUGCUGUAUCUCAAAGAACUAAAGCGCCAGCCUUCUUCUUCCCUGAUCUCCAAGCUACGAAGCUAUGAAGCUCUUCACAAGCGCUGCGGACCAUAUACAGAAUCGUAUAACAAAACAGUGGAACUCAUUAAGUCCGGUGAACGGCCGUUCCCCGACACAGGCUGUAAGUAUGUGAUUUGGAUACCUUUUAAUGGAUUAGGAAACAAAAUCCUGUCUUUAACUACCGCUUUCCUGUACGCCAUUGUCACCAACCGAACGGUUCUUGCUUCUCCGAUGGAUCACGUGCCGGAGCUCUUCUGCGAACCGUUCCCCGGAACUUCCUUGUUUCUCCCGGAGGAUUUUCCGGUGGCCGGCGAGUUCAAUGGAUUUGAUCAGAACUCCAAACACUGCUACGGAAACAUCGUGAAGAACAAACUGAUUGACAGGUCCGAUGUGUCGCAAUUACCACCUUUUGUCUACAACAAUCUGUUCCAUAAUAAAGACCGUUACGAUGAACUGUUCUUCCAGGAUGAACACCAGAUGUUUCUCCAGAAAAUUCCUUGGCUGAUUAUAAAAACAGACGAGUACUUCAUCCCGUCUCUUUUCGAGAUUCCAUCGUUCCAGAAAGUUCUGGAAAACAUGUUUCCCGACAGGGAAUCCGUGUUCCACCUCCUGGCACGGUACCUGUUUCAUCCCACGAAUCCUGUCUGGGAGAUGAUUACCAGAUACCAUGACGCUUACCUCACCGGAGCCGAUGAGAAGAUCGGGCUUCAGGUCCGAGUGUUCGACGGCCCGGGCCCGUUUCAGCACGUGUUGGAUCAGAUACUAGGAUGUACGAUGAAGGAGAACAUUCUUCCACAAAUAAUCAAUAAUCCAAAAGAUCCCAACAUAAAUAGUAGCAGAAAGAACAAAACAAAAGUAGUUGUUCUAAUGACAUCCUUAAGUUCCUGGUACGCCGACAGGAUUCGAGACAUGUAUUUGCAGCAUCCAACGUUGAACGGCGAGGUGGUCCGAGUUCACCAGCCCAGCCACGAAGAAGAGCAGAAAUGGUCGGAAAUCUUGCACUACUCGAAGGCGUUGGCCGAGAUUUAUCUUCUCGGAAUGAGCGAUAGAUUGGUUACGAGUGGAUGCUCAACUUUUGGAUAUGUAGCUCAGGGUUUUGGAGGUUUGCAUUCAUGGCUUAUGUUCGAGCCGAAGAACCGGAAAGUUCCAGAUCCGCCGUGUAUACGCGUCACCUCCAUGGAUCCAUGCUACCUCAUCCGCCCGGCCGAUACCUCCAAGGCGGCGCUUGUUCCGUACGCGAAGCCCUGUGAAGAUAGAAGCAUUGGUCUUAAGCUCGUCCCGGUUAACAAAACUACAUUUUAACAUUAGAUUAUAUUGUCUAAUUUUCAUUUCGAUAUCUAAAUCUUCAUUUUCCACU